AACAGUGACCACCUGUGGGUUGAGACCAAUGCCUCUGGCGACUACUGUUACGCCAUGGAGCCUGAUUGUAUGCGAAGUGGACCAAGAAAAAAGUGUGUUGCUUGCAAAAUUGUGGCACACACUGCCUGCAUAGGCAUACUGGAAAAGAAAAAUCUCCGAUGCAAACCAACAUUCCGUGAAGCUGGGCUGAGGAACUACAGAGAACAAACUUCCAUGCGUCACCAUUGGGUCCACAGACGUCGCCAGGAGGGCAAAUGUAAACAGUGUGGAAAGUCAUUCCAACAGCGAUUCGCUUUCCAAAGCAAAGAAAUAAUUGCCAUCAGCUGUUCGUGGUGUAAAGCAGCGUACCACAACAAAGUCUCCUGCUUUAUGAUGCAGCAGAUAGAGGAGCAGUGCUCCCUUGGGCCCCAUCAGGCUCUCAUCGUACCCCCAUCUUGGAUCAUCAAAUUGCCAAAGAAAGGUUCUUUCAAAUCAUCUUUACGAAAGAAAAGGAGAUCUUCUGUGAAGAAAAAGAAAAACAAAGAUGACAAUCGCCAUUUUAUCAUAAAACCAAUCCCUUCACCACUCCUGAAGCCUUUACUAGUGUUUAUCAACCCAAAGAGUGGUGGCAAUCAAGGGGCAAAACUCAUGCACAAGUUUAACUGGUGGCUCAACCCCCGCCAAGUGUUUGACUUAACCCAGGGAGGACCAAAGCCUGGACUUGACCUGUAUAAAAAAGUGCCUAACCUUCGGAUUCUGGCGUGUGGUGGAGAUGGCACAGUGGGUUGGAUCUUAUCUGUGAUAGAUAGCUUGGGGCUGGACCCCCCACCACCAGUGGCCAUCAUGCCCUUGGGGACGGGGAAUGACCUGUCCCGCACUCUCAACUGGGGUGGGGGGUAUGCAGAUGAACCUAUCACAAAAGUCCUAAGUCAUGUGGAGGAGGGACAACUCGUACAACUUGACCGGUGGAAUGUGGAUGUGCGGCCAAAUGAGGAAGCGGAGAUUGAUGGAGAGGAGGUAGUGAUAGAUCAUCAGGGUGUCACAGACCAGCUUCCUCUCAAAAUAUUCAACAACUACUUCAGUCUAGGUGCUGAUGCCCAAGUAGCCUUGGAGUUCCACGAGUCACGAGAGGGAAAUCCAGAAAAUUUUAAGAGUCGCUUUUGGAACAAAAUGUUUUAUGCUGGGGCUGGAGGGAGAGAUAUGCUCAAAAGAAGUUGGAAAGGAUUAGCCGAUCACAUACAACUUAUUUGUGACGGCAAAGAUUUAACCAUGAAAGUUCAAGAAAUGAAACUGCAUUGUUUAUUAUUUUUAAACAUUCCAAGAUAUGCCAGUGGUACCACACCCUGGGGUAACCCAAACAGUCUUGGCUUUGAACCUCAACGCCAUGACGAUGGAUAUCUGGAGGUGAUAGGGUUCACUUACUCCUCUCUGGCAGCGCUAUACAUGGGAGGCCAUGGUGAGCGACUGGUUCAGUGCCAUGAGGUGCGCCUCAAAACCUUCAAGCCAAUUCCAAUGCAGCUGGAUGGUGAGCCCUGCCGCCUCAGCCCAUCCACAAUCCACAUCUCCCUACGUAACCAGGCCAACAUGAUAAUGAAACCAAAGAGACGUGGCUCCAUGCCCAUUGCUAACGAUCCUGACUUGGCUUUUUUCAGUCCUCCAUCUUUGCCUGAGCGGCUUCGUAUUCAAGUGUCCCGUAUCAGUAUGGCUGACUAUGAGAAUUUAAACUAUGAUAAAGACAAACUGCGCGGAGCUUCGGUCCCACUUGGACUCAUCGUCGUGGACAACAACUCUGACCUUUCACAAGUCCGAGUCAUCAUUGACAAACUUGACCAGGAUGACUUGACAGAGAGUUCCCAGCGGCUGACACACAGAUGGUGUUUCCUAGAUUCCACGACAGCCGAGAGAUUUUUCCGAAUAGAUAGAACCCAAGAGCACCUACACUAUAUCACAGAUAUAUCCUCAGAGGACCUCUACAUAUUGGAUCCUGACCUCCAGAGCAUGCACCUCCCCUCCUCCAAGGAUGCGCGCAAUGAGUCUGAGGGCAUCCACUGUCAUCAGGACAACUUCCAGCCCGAGCUUGUCUUUAAAUUCCACAUGCCUGUCACACCCCCAAAGUCCCCAGGAUUGACAGAGGUAAGCCAGGCCACAGUGAGCAGAGACACAGCCGAGUGUAAGAAGCCUGAUGGAAGGAGGGCUGAAACACUGUUUCGACUGGAGAGCAAAGAGAACUUGCUCCUUCCUGCUCAGCCGGGCUCCAAUAACAGCUCAGAGCCCGGGUCACCUGUGUCAAAAAGUCCUAAGGCCAAAGAAAGUUACAAUCAAUUUCACCAGGUGUCGAAUGCCACAGCUGAACCUCGCAACAGGAAACUUUCCACUGUAGACAAAGGUCUUAUAGAUGCUGCCAAGAGAGGUGACCUGUCAAAGGUAAGUGGAUCAGGUUUUAGCAGAGAAUAGUGUUACUCCCGGCAG